ACCGUGUUUGCAUCCCAUCGCCGGCCGCCGUUCUUGUGUGGUGUUACGUCUGUUCUUUGGGUGCAUCAAUGUGAGUAAAAGUAGCCGGUCCGAAUGAAUAAUGGAUCCAUACCUAUCCGUCCUCCUACAAACAAUACCGGAUAUGACAAUAACAAAAGAAGAGGCCCUACGAAUCUUGGAACUUGAUGGCACGAGUCCAUCAGCAGAAGAUAUACAGAUGCAUUACCAGAAACUGGCUCUCAAGUUUCACCCGACCAAGCGGGGAACCAACUUGCAGUCUAUUUUGAGAUUUGAGAGUUUAUGCAGGUCAUAUUUAAUACUCACUGAAGGACGAGAAUCGAUGACCGAAUUAUUGUCACAAGAUGAAAUGUUGGAUGUGUUUGUCAAGGCAUUUGAGCUGGAAGGUUUGCGCAAAGAACUCGCUGCUGAGGAUGCAUCUACUCAGUGGGAUGAAAAGCCAAGAUCAAGCGAAAGCGUAAGACUACGAAAAUCCUCAAGAAAAAGCACUGCUUCUACUGCUUCGGUUGAAACUACCACAUCUAAUGGAGCCACCACCUCUGUUGGAACUUCUAUGGGGGGAGAUUGUGCUCGUGCUAGAGCUGCCACUCCUAUGGGGGCUACAGCCUCUACUGAUGCUACCACUUCUACGGGUGCUACAGCUUCUACUAGAUCUACUGCUUCUGCUGGAACUACUGCUUGUAAUGGAACUACUUCUGCUGCAGCAACAUCUUCUACAAAAGAAAAACCAGUCAUUCCAGAAAAAGCAAAACAGAAUGUAGAAGCUAUUGCUCCUAUCUCCAUUGAAGAAAAACUACAAGAGAAAAAGAAGAAAAAAAAUGCAUCCAAAAAAAGCAGAAAGCAAACAACGGUGACGUCACUACCAAGGAGGGGAUGUCAGACUAGCUGCUGGUGGAAACUCUCAGAGACAAUGGUGACGGCACAUGAUCGGAGGUUGCCUCGUGAUGCCCUUUCGUCUUUUGCCGGUGGACCAUUGGGUGCGUUUCUUGAGGAAUUGGUGCGUGAAGGUAUACUAUAUAUCAGCGAAGAACUCACAGCUGAGGAUGCAUCUACUGAGUGGGAUGAGAAGCCAAGCACAAGCAAAGGCAUAAGCAUACAAACAUCCUCAAGCAAAAGCACUGCUUCUACUGCUUCGGUUGAAACUACCACAUCUAAUGGAGCCACCACCUCUGUUGGAACUUCUAUAUGGGGAGAUUGUGCUGCUUGUGCUAGAGCUGCCACUUUUAUGGGGGCUACAACCUCUACUGAUGCUACCACUUCUAUGGGUGCUACAGCUUCUACUAGAUCUGCUUCUGCUGGAACUACUGCUUGUAAUGGAACUACUUCUGCUGCAGCAACAUCUUCUACAAAAGAAAAACCAGUCAUUCCAGAAAAAGCAAAGCAGGAUGUAAAAGCUAUUGCUCCUGUUUCCAUUGAAGAAAAGUCACAAGAGAAGAAGAAGAAGAAAAAAAAGGCAUCCAAAAAAAGCAGAAAGCGCCGCCAGCAGCAAGAGAAGCAGCAGUUGAGCAAGGCAUACAAGUCAGAAAGUUCCAGCAGUUCAGAAGAUGAGGAGAAGGAGACAGAGGAGGAUGAAGAUGAGCUGGAUCCAAACAGUGCUUUUGUGGCUAUGGCACUUCGCCGAAAGACCAAUGGAGCAGUACCGAAGCCCAGUGUCACCUCUCUUGGUGCCAUUCCCAAGACACCAAAGAUGUCAACAGUACACCUCAUCAUUCGGAGCCAAAGGCUUGCUUGGGAAGGAUAUGAAUUGUGCAUUCAGGAGCGCCAUAAGGAGGCUGUUGAACUAUUCACCCAGGCCAUAAAGUUGUAUGCAGAAGAUGACAGUUACUUUGGGAACCGGUCAUACUGUUACAGCAUUUUGGAAAAGUAUGACAAGGCCUUGAUGGAUGCUGAGAAAGCAAUCAGCCUGCAGCCCCAGGUGGCCACGGGCUACUUUCGCCGUGCCAAGGCACAACUUGGCCUGCAGAAGUACAGUGAGGCUGCAGAAUCGUUCAAAAAAGUGCUUGAAAUUGACCCAACCUGCCUGGAGGCCCAAACUGAGCUGCGCAAUGUGCACAUUUUUGAGAUCAUGAGCAUGGGUUUCUCCCAGGAGCAAGCUGAGUGGGCUUUGACCCUGGGCGAUGAAGAUUUCCAGAGAGCCAUAGUCAUACUUUGUGGGCCAGAUGCAGUUGUUCCUGAUGUUAAGAUGAAUCCUUGCAACAUGGAUGGCUAUCGCUCUCUUUGGGUUGGCAACAUUCAGCCUGAAGUCACUGAGAAGAUGCUCAUUGACCUGUUCAGGCGUUAUGGAGAUGUGCACAGCAUUCGAAUCCUGCGUGAUCGAUACUGUGCUUUCAUAAACUAUGGCAACAAGCUAUCACCCGGAAGAGCCAUGGAGGCAUUACAAGGACAUGUGCUGUGUGGAACAGCAAUUACCAUCCGGUUCCCGGACAACAACUACCUUGAAAAUGGUUCCAAGAAAGGUCCAGUGACCGUGCUCCGAAAGUCCAGUCUGAUGACGUCAACAGUAGAGAACAAGGCUGCCAGCACCUCGAGUGGACCAAAGGCCAAGUUAUCAGGGCCGUGAUGUGCCACUGCUUGUUUUGCAACUAUGGUAAAGAAAAGCUCACCACAUAACUGCCUUACAUUGAAAACUGCUUUGUGACCAUGGAAAAUGGCUCCUCUGAUCUUGGGACCAAGUCAUUGUUAUGGCCAGUCAUUCCUUGUGUUUGCUCAUUGUUCACAUAGAAAGACUGCAGCAUCUUUACUGUUUGAGUGUGUCUGCAUGCGUGUGUGUAUGUAUUUGCGUGUUUAUCUUUGUGAAGCCAACAGUUCGGCAUUUGCCUUGGACUGCAACGAGUCUCUUUUGACUGCUGUGCCCCGACUUGCACACCAGGGCUGUGCUAACACAACUACAACAGUAUAGUAUUGUGUUUUGUUUUAGAUUCCAGUCUCAUGUAUGUUGUAGCUCCUAGUCUCUCAGAAUUUUUGUCAUAUAGUGCUCCUUUAUCACUUUUGUUUCCUGCUAAACUUCACUGUUUAAAUUUGGGAUUGUGUGAAAGCCUAGAAAAGAGAGUCUUAAGAGUUGAAGUUCAUAGGGUGUGCUCUGGUUGAGACAAUCUAAUAAACACUCGGGACCUUUGAUAGUCGAUGCCAACUUCAGAGCUGAAUAGCGGUGUUCUAUUUAUGCAGUUUUAGUCAAGUCAGCAGUUGGUGCUACUCUAGCGCCUGUGUAUCUCGCUUGUAUGAAGAAAUGUAAUGCGACACUGAUUUUGAAAUUCGUUAUUAUAUUAUUUUUGUUAAGUACACUGAAAUUUCGACACAUGAAGCCGAUAUCUUGUCCAAGUUUCGGUGUGCUCAACAGCAAUCUUCAAAAUGAAUUUCAACUAACUGGCCCUGCUCGCCAUCUUGCUGCUAUGAGACACUGCUGUCUGUUAAGCUUAUGUUCAUUGACUCUUGCAAAAGUUGUUUUCAGGGUGAAUGGUAUUCAUUAGGAGUUUCCCUAUGUUUGUGCCUUGAAGUAAAGGUGUUGUUUGUGUCAUGAGUCUUAUUUUCACUAUAAAAUAAAUGAAAUUUAAUUUUUACUGUGUCU